CUGCAGGAUGAGCCUGCUGUCAGCCAUCGACACCAGCGCCGCCGCCGCCGCCUCGGUCUACCAGCCCGCCCAGCUGCUGAACUGGGUCUACCUGUCCUUGCAAGACACCCACCAGCCGGCCAGCGCCUUCGAGGCCUUCCGCCCCGAGCCCGCCGCCGCGCAGCACCCGGAGCUCGCCUACCCGGGCAAGAGCACGCCCGAGCUGGCCUCGCCCCUCCACUCCAGCUAUCUCAGCAGCUUCUUCCAGCUCCAGAGGAACGAGGCCCUGAGCAGCAGCCUCUAUAAGAGCGCCUCUCCCUAUGGCUCCCUUAAUAAUAUCGUGGAUGGCUUGAGCUCCCUCACUGAACAUUUCUCCGACAUAUCUCUCUCGUCGGAAGCGAGGAAGCCCAGCAAGAGACCCCCGCCCAACUACCUGUGCCAUCUCUGCUUUAACAAAGGACACUACAUCAAGGACUGCCCACAGGCCCGUCCAAAAGGAGAAGGCCUGACACCAUACCAGGGGAAAAAACGCUGCUUUGGGGAAUACAAAUGUCCCAAGUGCAAGAGAAAAUGGAUGAGCGGAAACUCCUGGGCCAACAUGGGACAAGAAUGUAUCAAGUGCCACAUUAACGUCUAUCCUCACAAGCAGAGACCCCUGGAAAAGCCCGACGGCCUGGAUGUUUCUGAUCAGAGUAAAGAACACCCUCAGCACCUGUGUGAGAAAUGCAAAGUGUUGGGGUACUACUGCCGCCGUGUGCAAUGAAACAACCGGGAUCACCUCCGCUGGCCACCUUUUGAGAUCCUCUUGCAGCACACAGAG